CCGCCGCUCCCCCCCCAUCUCCUCCCCAACAUUUCGCAAACCAUCCACCUUCUCGCCCGCUUGAAACCUCAGAUUCGUUUCUUAUCCUCACCGGCGGUGACCAGAAAUGUACUGCCUGGAGCCCAGUCCCGGGGCUGAGCUAGCCCUCCUUGAGUCCAUCCGCCACCACCUCCUUGACGACCCGGCCCCCCCGGCCGCGGUCCCGUCCUCCGCGGUGCCCGCAAACCCCGUCUACUGCCGGAGCUCCAGCUUCGGCAGCCUCGUCGCCGACCAGUGGGGUGACCUUCCUUUCCGGCUCGACGACCCCGACGACAUGGUCGUGUACGGCGCCCUCCGCGAUGCCUACUCCCAUGGUUGGAACCCCUCUCCCGAAGCCGGUAACGUCACCGCCCCUGCUGCCGUGGUCGUCAAAUCGGAGCCCGUGACCGAGCUGCCGGUGGCGACGCCUGCGAUCCAGGCGCAUCCGGCGGCUGCGGCGGCGGCGGCGGCGCCGACGAAGGGGAAGCACUACAGAGGGGUGAGGCAGCGGCCGUGGGGGAAGUUCGCGGCGGAGAUCAGGGAUCCGGCGAAGAACGGGGCGAGGGUAUGGCUGGGGACGUUCGAGACGGCGGAGGAGGCCGCCAUCGCCUACGACAAGGCGGCCUACCGGAUGCGCGGCUCCCGCGCGCUGCUCAACUUCCCGCUCCGGAUCGGGUCGUCGGAGGCCGCAGCGGCGCCGGCGCCGGCGAUGGCGUCACCCUCGAAGAAGCGGGCCUCGCCGGAGCCCUCUUCCACCUCUUCCUCUCCCCGCUCCCCAUCCUCCUCCUCGUCGUCGUCGGAGAAGGCGUCGCCUAAGAGGAGGAAGAGAGGGGAGGCCGCGGCAGCGGCGAUGGCGAUGCCACCGGUGGCGGCGACCUCCAUGCCUCCUCCUCCGGUUGUGGUUUCCGUUCCGGUCCAGGCGCAAGCCGGUCUGGGUUUCGCGAGCCGGCAGGAGGGUUUCCCGGUUGGUCCGGUCGUGCAACUGGCACCUGUCGGUCAGCUGUUGGUGAGUUAAUCAGUGGUCGUGUUAAAAAUCCGAACAAGAGGGGUCGGGUAAUUAGCGGCGAGAACAAGAGCUUUUCGAUGUCUCGAAAGUUUGAGUAAAUCGUGGAAAGUUGAGGGGCCAAAAUGGAUAAAGAUGGAAAGAAGGUGGAAAACGGGUAGCGGAAGGUCUGUUCUGCUGCAACCUUCGAGGGGCAAAACAGAAGAUAUCUGUUUCUGCGAUUUGGUGUAGUGGCUUUGGGGUUCUUGUGUGAUUUAUUAAAAUUAAACCCUAAAACUUUAUUGUAUAAAGUACGAAGAGUUCUAGAUGAUCCUCUUUAUUCUUUAGUGAAGGUUCCAUUUCUACAAGGGAUUUCUAAAAAAAGGUUUCUUGAAUGAUCUA